AUGUCUCUGCCUCGCGCCACAUUGUCGGCUCCGACAAGCAUGUUCCGAUUCGCCGCUGGCGGUGCCCCUCGUGCUCAAUGCCAACAAUGUCUGCGUCCUGCCUUCCGCACAUCACAGCCUGCUCUUCGCUUCUCUUCGCGACGAAACCUGCAGACCGCUACCGCAUACCGUCCCUACUCACUGGACCCCAUGCCCUCGCCACGAAACGCUGGUGUACCCGAGACUUCUAUUGCUGGUCUUCCCCCGCUUCCAUCCACCUCGUCGCGCCAGUCCAAGCCAUCUCCCGCAGCAGACCAACCUGUCAGCGUUCCUGAGCAAGAAGCCCAAAAGUCCUCGGCCGCAAACACAUCAUCCUCAGCAACCACAUCUGCCACUUCCAAGCCUCAGAGAAAGAGCAAGCUGCGCCCUCGCAAGGCCGCCAUCACACUGUCGCCUGCCGCUGUAACACAUCUGCGCGAGCUAUUGGAGCAACCCGAGGCAAAGCUGGUCCGUGUUGGCGUCCGUAACAGAGGCUGCUCAGGAUUGGCAUAUCAUCUCGAAUACGUGGACAAGGCUGGAGCAUUUGACGAGACGGUCGAGCAAGAUGGUGUCAAGGUUCUGAUCGACUCCAAGGCUCUUUUCAGCAUCAUUGGAUCAGAAAUGGACUGGCUCGAGGACAAGCUGAAUGAGCGCUUCAUUUUCAAGAACCCCAAUAUCACUGAGCAAUGUGGUUGCGGAGAGUCCUUCAGCAUCUCCUGA